CAAGGCAGUUCUUCUUCAUGUGCCCAUUUAGUGACAUUUGAUGGCAUCCAAGUUCGCCCCUCCUUGCAAUCGCCUGACGGCCGUCACUGAUUGGCAAUGGACGCAUAGACAUCUCUCAGACGCGGUGGCAAUAAUACAGUCAUUACACUUCCACCGAUAAAACCGACUUUAGCCUUCCAUGUGCCGGAACCGUUGCGGCGAUCCAUCUCGCCGAUGUUGAUAUCUAUCAAUGUUGAAGCACUGUCUGUGGCAUUGAACCUUCUCACAACCACAUGUUCCCUUCUGUUAUCAUGUAGACACCUCUUCCGCCGCCCCGAGUUUUUGCGAAAUUACCCAGCCUCGUUGCUGCACCUGGUGCCCGGCACGUGUGAUGGUCUCUAAGUCCGUUGCCUUCACGUGCCCAACCUUUGACGCUCACCGCGCCAACUCUACGAGAUCCUGUUGUCCGCUUGGGUGCCGAUAGCCUUGUUCUCAUCACAGUCUGGCGCGGCCAUGUCUUACGCAGAUUCAACAAGCUCACAGAGUAGCUUGGAAACCGACUCUGAGACACCUCUCCGUCACUCUCCGCCUCUUCAUCCUGAGUUACACCCAUCAAGACGUCCAUUUCUGAAUGCCUCGCUACAGCGACCGCUACCGGAAUUGCCUCGAUGGGACUCCUCGGGAUCCAAUAGCCACAGGCCGGCAGCAUUUCUGCAAGAUCGCCCUCUCCCUGUCCCGACAUCUCCCCAGACUCCCGAAGAGCGCAGACAAAGCCUGAUCGCUCUAGAUCGCAAGAGACGAUUGACAAAUACCACAUACGAUGAAGGCAGGAUGAGGUCAAAUAGUGGUGGCUACUACGACAGAAGGUCAAAUCUGGAAGCCGGCUUUCGGGUUGCUGGGCCUUCUUCCCCUUCGCCCAGGCCUCAUGCAUUGUCCGACGUCACCAGGCCGUUGCCCGAAAUCAUCGACCUCACCGGGUCUUCUCCACCUACACAACCUCGGACGCCUCCUCGAGAAAGGAGACGAAGCGGAGGCCUCUCUGGAAGUGCAAGACAAUAUGUCGUACCGCGAUGGCAGCCGGAUUCUGAAGUCAGCGAGUGCCCCAUUUGCAAGCGACCCUUUACCUGGAUGUUUAGACGGCAUCACUGUAGAAAGUGUGGUCGGGUUGUGUGCAAUGACUGCUCCCCCCAUAGGAUCACGAUUCCUCGACAAUUCAUCGUGCGUCCACCUGGAGCGGAUGUCCUUGUUUCACCAGAAAUCUUGCCUACUCGCCACACCGGUACGGUGGACCUGACUGCGGAAGACAAUGACGAGGAUCCAUACGAAGCCUCACCAACUCCAGGAAGCUAUGCGGGAUCACAGCUGGAGGGCGGUGAAAAAGUGCGUCUUUGUAAUCCCUGCGUGCCGGAUCCGCAGCCUGACUUUCCACCAAACCAAACCCACUUCGGCAAUGCAACUACUCCUCAAGCAGUGACCCCUUGGCGGGAUCCUGCAGGAAGACCUAAUUUCAACGAGCGUCUAUCAAACGACGAUAUAGUCGGUUCUGGGGGAGUUGUCAACGGCUCAUUAACGAGACCUGCAGGGGGCAGUUUCCCUCGCUCGAGUGCGUUUGGGCAGAAUCAUAAUGACCAGACGUACGGCCGAGACAGUGGCCUGUCUUGGUUUGGCUCAUACCGGGAACAACCAUCGCCAACAGGCCGUCGUUUACCUCGCCCACCUACUUCAGAUGCCGGUCGAGGCUUUUCCCGCCCUCUUAGUGAUAAUCCGCUGCGAGACGGCCGAUACAAUAGCACCAUGACCCGCCCUUCCGAUCCCGACAGUCGCCAGCCUCGACAUGAGCCUUCAGGCUCUCCAGCCUCAAGGUACCCUUAUCUGGGAAACGACCGAGUCUCUGCCCGGGUUCUUCCCAGCGUAUUCGAGGGGACGGCUGCUUCGCGUCCUCCACGACUUGAUGAGAACGACUUUUGUCCUAUUUGCAGGCGUAUCCUUCCUCCCAAAGGGCCGAAUGGUGAUGAGAGAGAUCGAGAAAUGCACAUCAUGGAGUGUAUAAGUGCGAGGGACCCUUCAUAUCGUGCUCAGACCGAGACUGGGGAGCCUUCGCAGGCGAGGAUUCAUAUGCUUCCUUUUACUGCCACGGAAAAGGAUUGUGUUGGUCAAGACGGGAGUGCACAGGAAUGUUCGAUAUGCAUGGUGGAAUACAACGUGGGCGACGAAUUAGCCCGGUUGGAGUGUCUGUGCAAGUUCCACAAGGAGUGCAUUGUGGAAUGGCUUGGUCACAAAGCAGAAUGCCCGGUGCAUAAAGUGAUUACAUGAUCUGUACGACGAUAUGAGCGAUGCGACGACUAGCAUAGUGAUAGCCAUGCAUGACAGGUUGGGAAAGCCAUGGAUAAAACGGAUAAGGAGCACGGAGGAUAGGUUGGUUUUGAUAUUUCACCCCAGGGUUGCAGACGACGAUGUCCCCUUCUCUUGCGGAGUAUAUCGGGCGUUGGAGUUUUGCUUGGUUGCUGAGCUUGAACAUCUGAACUGAUGCAACACAAUACCUUUUCCGGUCAUGUUCGUUGCUGGACAUUGGAGCAGAGGAUGUCUGGCCACAGGCAAGAGUGGAAGUGACGGUACCGAGACAGUACAGCGUACCUAGUACAUUCAAGUUGUGUCAGACCGUGCCAAUAUCAUGCCACUAGCACUACUUAACAAUGAGUUUCGUCC